AUGUUGGGUAUGAAGUUUUUUGGCUGUGCAUUGUCUGCGCAUAGAAAUUUUAGCACCAAAAUCACUGGCAAAAACACGAAAUGGGCUCAAGGUAAAUACAAGAGCGGAUACAAACCUAGAGAGGGAGAGGCCAAAAACACUAAAACCAGAGAGAGAGUUCAAUGGACUGACCAACAAAAACAAGUCAUGUCAGCCAUUUCUGAGGGAAAAUCGGUGUUCAUUACCGGUUCUGCGGGGACCGGGAAGACAAUCUUGGUUAAGCAUAUUAUCAAACAAUUGAAGAAAUGUCAUGCACCUUCAAAGGUUUUUGUCACAGCACCUACGGGUGUUGCGGCUUGCGCAAUUAGUGGGCAGACCCUUCACUCUUUUGCUGGUAUUGGAUGUGCUAUGGCUGAUAGAGACACUUUGCUACAUAGGAUUUCCAAGAAUGAUAAGGCUUAUAAGAGGUGGCGGAAAGCCGAGGCGUUGGUUUUAGAUGAAAGUAGCAUGGUUGAUGCAGAGUUGUUUGAGAGUCUUGACUUCAUUGCCCGAGCCAUUAAGCAAGUCGAUGAAGUUUGGGGUGGGAUUCAACUUGUUGUGAGUGGGGAUUUCUUUCAGUUACCGCCCGUUAAACCUCAACAGAAUUCAAGGGGUAAGGAAUUUGCAUUUGAAGCAGAGUGUUGGGAUUCUAGCUUUGACUUACAGGUUAACCUUACCGAAGUUUUUCGGCAAUCUGACCCUCAACUGAUCAAGUUGCUUCAGGGUAUAAGAAGAGGGGAGAGUGAUCCUGAAGACUUAAAGUUACUAGAACAGUCUUGCUCAAAAGCCGAGCCAGGUCCUUCUGUGGUACAACUCUAUCCAAGGAAUGAAGAUGUAAAUAGAGUGAAUUCAAGUAGAUUGGCAAGCUUGGGCAAUGAACUUGUUGUUUAUACAGCUGUUGAUAGCGGGGAGGAUUCUUUGAAGAGGCAGCUUGAACAGGGGAUAGCGCCUAAAGAAAUUGCCCUGUGCAAAGAUGCUAGGGUGAUGCUGGUAAAAAAAUUUGAAUACUUGGCGUGGCCUGGUGAAUGGUGCCACUGGAACUGUUACGGGAUUUUAUGA